GAGGACCAAAGCCCGCAGCCCACAUCACCAUCCCGUGCCUCUCCCUUCCUCCACGCCGACUCGGGGGGGUCUCACGGUGGUCUCCGUUUGCUUCGUCUCUCGUUCUCCCCGGUUUCCAAGAUUUGCAUGAAUCUAUAUAAAUCGUGGGUCUCAGCGCGGUCUCCCUUCGCUUCAGCCGAGUCGUAGGGUUUCUUGCUGGGCCUCAUGUGGAUCCGCCGGGCUUCCGCGCUCCUCCGCGGAAUCCGAUGCCCUCGUCGAUUCGCCGCCCCUCGGAUGCUUCUUCGUGCGGGAUCGGCUCCGUCGUCGAGUUUAACUUCGUAUUGUGGUUCCGAUUCUGGUUUUAGCUGGAACAAGCAUCGCUUAGAUUUGAUGUUGGGAAUUAUCAUCUCUGGACAAACUGCAGUAAUUAUUCUCGGGUCCAAUCAGAACUCUGUCUUUGCUCAAGAUGCUUCUGUAGCUGAACAGGCUACUGAAAAUGAUCAAGGACAAGUUUAUACUGGUUUGCGUAAAAUUGAAGAUGGUUCUGUGAUUUCGAAUGUGCAUACAUCUAAGUGGAGAAUAUUUACAGAUAAUGGAAGGGAUUUAUUUCUGAAGGGUAAACUAGAUGAGGCUGAGAAGUUCUUCCAAGCUGCUUUAGAUGAGGCUAUGAAGGGAUUUGGAGCCAAGGAUCCACAUGUGGCAUCAUCAUGCAACAAUCUGGCAGAACUUUACAGGGUUAAAAAGGCAUAUGAGAAAGCUGAGCCAUUAUAUCUGGAAGCAAUUAAUAUUCUGGAGGAUACUUUUGGGGCUGAUGAUGUACGUGUAGGAGCUGCCCUUCACAACCUUGGGCAGUUUUACCUUGCAUUACGAAAACUUGAGCAAGCUCGGAAGUGUUAUGAGCAAGCUUUAAAGAUAAAGGGACGUGUUCUUGGCUACGGUCACACACAGUAUGCAGAUACAAUGUAUCAUCUUGGAAGGGUUCUGCAUCUCCAAGGAAAAAAGAAAGAAGCUGAGGACCUAAUACGGGAGUCUAUUAGGAUUCUAGAGGAAGCUGGUUUGGGGGAAUCAGCAACAUGUAUACGGAGGAUGAGAUACCUGACUCAGAUUCUACUGAAUUCUAAUCGUCUUGCUGAGACAGAAAAUUUUCAAAGAAAGAUCUUGCAUAUAUUGGAACUUUCAAAGGGUUGGGAUUCUAUUGACACUGUAAUUGCAGCUGAAAACUUGGCAUUGACUCUUCAAUCUCUUGGGAAUUUAAUUGAAGCCAAGGAGCUUUUAGAACGAUGUCUUGUUGCCAGACAAAAGAUUUUUCCUCAAAAUCAUGUUCAGGUUGCUGGUAAUAUGCUUCAUCUGGCAAGAGUAGCUAUGCUCAAUUCAAACAACCUGCGGAAGUUGAAAGUAUCUGAAGCAAGCAGCGAACUAGAUAACGCCAAGCUGCUUCUGAAUACCUCAGUCAGGAUUGCAAAGGACAUUUUGGGGUCAUCAGGUAUGAACCAGAACAGUUUCAAGAGUAGCCAUUCUGAAGGUGAGAAAGAUCGACAUGUUGCAUUGAUUAUACAGUUACAGUCGCUGGAUUCUCUUGGCCUUCUGGAUGUCCAAAGGCGAGAAUUAGUAGAAGCUAGGGAAACAUUCGAAUAUCCUUUUGAAGUAGAACAUGCUCUUCGUGAUUGUAUUUCAAUAUUCACAGAGCCUUGUACACGCAGCAUGGUGUUGGAUGCUCCCAAUGUUAAGAAAGAGUAUCUGUCAUGCUUGAAACAUCUUCACAAUCUGGCAACCACAACCAUGGAGGAGUCACAGAAGUCUAUAGUGCUACAGGAGCUGAUAGAUGAAGCCCAGCGUAUAGAAGCUGAGCUCUUGCCGAGGCGACAUUAGAAUCGCAUGCAUUUUUAUUUUCUCAGCCACAGUUCAAAAUCGUAAUUUUAAUGUUUUCUUUUACUAACCUUCCGUAGCAAUUGUGAUCCUUUUGAAUGAAGCAUUGUUGAAUAAUUGCUUCAAAUUUGUAGUUCAAAGAAUAUCAUUUGCUAGCC